AUGAAGGCUCUCCUCACCCUGGGGCUCCUCCUGCUCUCUGUCACUGUCCAGGCCAAGGUCUAUGAACGCUGUGAGUUCGCCAGAACUCUAAAAAGCCAUGGAAUGGACGGCUACUUGGGAAUCACCCUGGCAAACUGGGUGUGUUUGGCUCAGCAUGAGAGUGACUAUAAUACACGAGCUACAAACUACAACCGUGGGGACCAAAGCACCGACUAUGGGAUAUUUCAGAUCAAUAGCCGAUACUGGUGUAAUGAUGGCAAAACCCCGAGAGCUGUGAAUGCCUGUGGGAUCCCCUGCAGUGCUUUGCUCCAGGAUGACAUCACUCAAGCCAUACAAUGUGCAAAGAGGGUUGUGAGGGAUCCACAAGGCAUCAGAGCAUGGGUGGCCUGGAGAAACCACUGUCAAGGCCGAGAUCUCACCCAGUACCUUCGCAACUGUAGAUUGUAACCGCCGUGUGCCUCCACCUCAGCUCACUCUGUCUCUUUCUUGGUAUAGAAGUAGUUAUGGGAAAGGUCACACUUCCUCAGUUUCCCCCUCAGACAAGCAGGCUUUUAUCAGAAAUAGGAGCACCAUGGAGACUGUCUCCUAAGAGGCUUAAUGCUGACUAAUGUGCUCACUGUUUUAUGGAAAGCCUCCAUUUUCCGAUUAGCCAAGGCAGCAGAUGCUGGUGACAGUGACCUAGCCUUAGGUGUCACACACAUCUCUACAUCAGCUCUUCACCUAUGAAGUCAUUCACAUCAAGUGUCAUCAGAACUGAUCUUCAUCUCCCCACUGUUGGAUAGACAUACAGCAGAUAUGUAAGGAGACAGGAGAUCUUGGGUAAGAUGGCAUCUGUGUGAGCUCCCAGGCCUUGUGUGGGCUCAGCACCCAGACAGUAAAGAAGAGCCACUGUGUGGGGCAAGGUGGGUUUUUAAGGGACCAGAACU